UGCCCUGGAUGUACCAGGGCCAAAGUCCUGGGCAGCCACCACCCUUUAAGUGUUCUGAGAAGUCCUGCAGGGAACGUGUUUGUUUUAAGCUUAAUGCAACGUUUCUCUGUCUUCCUGGGCCUCGAACCUUGUUGGGCACAGCCUGCCAGCAGGCCUGGGGGAGGGUGCGACCCUGGGCCAUCCUCACCUCGUCUCCUCCCCUCGCAGGUGGAGAUGCUAGAACGGAAGUAUGGGGGCCGCCUCGUGACCCGCCAUGCGGCCCGCACCAUCCAGACAGCCUUCCGCCAGUACCAGAUGAACAAGAACUUCGAGCGGCUGCGCAGCUCCAUGUCUGAGAACCGCAUGUCCCGCCGCAUCGUGCUGUCCAACAUGAGGAUGCAGUUCUCCUUUGAGGGGCCUGAGAAGGUGCACAGCUCCUACUUCGAGGGCAAGCAGGUCUCGCUGACCGAUGAGGGUGCCCAGCUUGGGGCCCUGGUGCCGGCCGAGUGCAGUGAGCUCAGCGAGCCGCCCCCCCUCAAGGCCCCUGCCCCAACUGGCGACUUCACGGACGCCAUCACGGAGCUGGAGGACGCCUUCUCACGGCAGGUGAAGUCGCUGGCCGAGUCCAUUGACGACGCACUCAACUGCCGCAGCUUGCACGCGGAGGAGGUGCCUGCGCCUGAUGUGGGGCGGCCCCGGGGCGCCGAGCCCCGCCCACGGGACGAGAUGACAGCCUCCUACAGCGACGUCACCUUGUACAUCGAUGAGGAGGAGUUGUCGCCACCCCUGCCCCUGUCGCAGCCAGGGCGCCGGCCAUCCAGCGCCGAGUCGGACCUGCGGCUGCGGGCCGGGGGCGCCGCCCAGGACUACUGGGCCCUGGCCCACAAGGACGACAAGGGGGACACGGACACCAGCUGCCGGAGCACGCCAUCGCUCGAGCCGCAGGAGCCGCGGCUGCGCGGGGAGCACCUCCCACUGCUCACCAUCGAGCCGCCCAGCGACAGCUCUGUGGACCUGAGCGACCGCUCAGACCGCAGCUCGCUCAAGAGGCAGGGCGCCUACGACCGCGGCCUGGGAGGGCAGCAGGGCAGUCCCAAGCACGGCCCCCCCAAGGGCCUCCCCCGGGAGGAGCCGGAGCUGCGGCCCCGGCCCCCCAGGCCCCUGGACGGCCACCUGGCCAUCAACGGCUCGGCCAACAGGCAGAGCAAGUCCGAGUCGGACUACUCGGACGGGGACAACGACAGCGUCAACAGCACGUCCAACUCCAAUGACACCAUCAACUGCAGCUCCGAGUCGUCAUCCCGGGACAGCCUGCGGGAGCAGACGCUCAGCAAGCAGACCUACCAUAAGGAGACGCGCAACAGCUGGGACUCGCCCGCCUUCAGCAACGACGUCAUCCGUAAGCGGCACUACCGCAUCGGCCUCAACCUCUUCAACAAGAAGCCCGAGAAGGGCAUCCAGUACCUCGUGGAGCGCGGCUUCGUGCCCGACACGCCGGUGGGGGUGGCCCACUUCCUGCUGCAGCGCAAGGGCCUGAGUCGGCAGAUGAUCGGGGAGUUCCUGGGCAACCGGCAGAAGCAGUUCAACCGGGACGUGCUGGACUGCGUAGUGGACGAGAUGGAUUUCUCUGCCAUGGAGCUGGAUGAAGCCCUCCGGAAGUUCCAGGCGCACAUCCGGGUCCAGGGGGAGGCCCAGAAGGUGGAGCGGCUAAUUGAGGCCUUCAGCCAGCGGUACUGCAUCUGCAACCCCGGCGUGGUGCGGCAGUUCCGGAACCCGGACACCAUCUUCAUCCUGGCCUUCGCCGUCAUCCUGCUCAACACCGACAUGUACAGCCCCAGCGUCAAGCCUGAGCGCAAGAUGAAGCUGGACGACUUCGUCAAGAACCUCCGAGGCGUGGACGACGGCGAGGACAUCCCGCGGGAGACGCUGGUGGGGAUCUAUGAGCGCAUCCGGAAGCGGGAGCUGAGGACCAACGAGGACCACGUGUCGCAGGUGCAGAAGGUGGAGAAGCUCAUCGUGGGGAAGAAGCCGAUUGGAUCCCUGCAUCACGGGCUGGGCUGUGUGCUCUCUCUGCCGCACCGGCGCCUGGUCUGCUACUGCCGGCUCUUCGAGGUUCCAGACCCAAAUAAGCCCCAGAAGCUCGGGCUGCACCAGAGAGAAAUAUUCCUGUUCAACGACCUCCUGGUGGUCACCAAGAUCUUCCAGAAGAAGAAGAACUCGGUGACGUACAGCUUCCGACAGUCCUUCUCCCUGUGUGGCAUGCAGGUCCUGCUCUUCGAGAACCAGUAUUACCCCAACGGCAUCCGGCUCACGUCUGCCGUCCCAGGAGCAGACAUCAAAGUGCUAAUAAACUUUAAUGCUCCCAACCCCCAAGACCGGAAGAAAUUCACGGAUGACCUGCGGGAGUCCAUCGCGGAGGUGCAGGAGAUGGAGAAGCACAGGAUAGAGACGGAGCUGGAGAAGCAGAAGGGCGUCGUGCGGCCCAGCAUGUCCCAGUGCUCCAGCCUCAAGAAGGAGCCAGGCAGUGGGACUCUGAGCCGGGCCUGCCUGGACGACAGCUACGCCAGCGGCGAGGGCCUCAAGCGCAGCGCGCUCAGCAGCUCCCUGCGGGACCUCUCGGAAGCGGGGGUCCAUCAUUAGCAGUCCUCACAUGCGCCGGAGAGCCACAUCAACCCGAGAGUGUCCACCUCGCCCACAGCAGACCAUGCCCAACUCAUCCUCCCUCCUGGGCUCCUUAUUUGGGAGUAAGAGAGGGAAGCCCCCUCCCCAGGCCCACCUGUCCUCGGCCCCUCCCCAGCCACCCCCCCACCCGCCGGGCCUUCCCCACCCGCAGCA